UGGAGAUUUGAAUCGUUUUAUUUUUAACAUGAUACCAUUUGUUGUGUUGUGGCAGGAGCAUUGAUUGUAUCAACUCCUCAAGAUGUUGCAUUAAUGGAUGCUCGAAGAGGAGUCAAAAUGUUCUCCAAAGUCUCGGUUCCUAUAUUGGGGCUCAUAGAGAACAUGAGUUAUUUCAAAUGUCCACAUUGUAGCAAACCAUCUUACAUUUUUGGAAAAGGGGGGGCCCGCAAAACAGCUGAUGAAAUGGGACUAGGAUUUGUUGGCGAGAUACCGUUGGAGGAGGAGAUCAGAAGCGGGUGUGAUGAAGGUGUCCCUGUGGUUGUAUCUCGUCCAGAAUCUGCUGUUUCAGUAGCAUAUGGUGAUGUAGCUUUGAAAAUUAUCAGCAGACUUCAUGAAUUAGCAGCUGAUCAACAGUUUAAACCUCAAAUAAAUCUAUAAAAUCACCAUUUUUAUGUCUUUAGUUGUUAUAUGUUUUGGUCAAGUUAUGUUGAAUGAGAGAGGUCAAGACAUACAACUAGUUGUAGGUUUGUAGCAUAUAAACUGAGGGAGUUCCUUACAGGGUU